CGAUGGUGUAACAGCAGCUGCUUGAUGGGCGGUGAAAUGAAUAAAGGAACCCUGUUACAGGAGAAGCAAGGUUUUUUCCACUGAUAAAUUUUAACCAUUUGUGCAUUGCUUGUUUGACAGUAGGGGAUAAGUUCCAUUUUUUUAAGGUGACGAGCUUCUUGAUUGCCACCAAAAUGCAUGUUGAUCGGUAACCUGUAUCCUUGAAGGAGCCUGCUAGAGGUGACAUUCAAGUGCAAAUAUGUAUACAACAAAGGAAAACUGCGAUCUGCUUCGGGCAGCAACUGGUAGAUUGGUUGGUGUCCAAGGGUGCAAGUCUACACCAGCUGUUUCUUUACAGGGUAAAUCAUGUCCUAGUUUAGAGGGGGAUCAGCCAUUAACAAAGAAAAGGUCUUGAUGCACAGUGGAGAGGAGUUUUUGAGGUAAAAGUUUGAGACUUAGAAAUUUUUAUCUUCCUUGGGCUAUAUCCAUUCUCAUUAUGUAACAGGCUAACAGCUACUUUGAGAGCUCAAGAGCUGUUGUUUUAAACCACUCUCUCCUAGACAGGUCUUCAAUAACGGAGAUUCCUCGGAUAAUGGACAUCCUCAAAAUUAUAUUAUUGUAGUCUGAAUUGGAACCGGAAAAACAAAUUGUUAUUGCAAAUUUACACCAUUAUCACUUUUUUUUGUUGGUAAAAGUCACACUUUUUUUUUUGCAAAAAAUGAUCCAGUUUUCAAAUUUUCAUAUGCUAAUGCUCAUGCUCAUGCUCCUAGCUUCCUGGAUAAAGUGUGUGCAUUUAUUAUGAGUAAAUAUGUGCAUCAGGUAAUUAUCGAGAAUGGUUCACUAAACCCAAAAAAAAGGCUUCAUAACAAAUUUUUUUAACUAUAAAAAAUUUGUUGCAACUUUUUUUUGUAAUAUUAUCAGGUUGGGUUCUUCUUCUACCGGUAUCGAGUGAAAUUUAUUGGACAAAAUCUUCAGAUAAAAUCAGCUCGAUUUAGAUAAAAAAAUUGUAUGGAUUUUGCUGCAUUUAUUUUUAAAAAUAUGUAUCAUUCAACUCCAAUUAAACAAAUAGAAGAGCAUUUUGCUCGAGUCAAAACAAAAGUAUUUCAAAAUUUUACUUCAUACUAUUUGUGCAAGAUAAAUUAAAGCUGUCAUAAUGACUAAAAUAGAAAUAACUAUAAACCCGAACAACUCUUCCUGUACCGGGGCAAAUAAUGGGCGUUACAUACCGCAGCGGUAACGUUACAAUGUUAUAGCGGCGUCAUUUCAGGCCCUGCAAUCUCCGCGCUUCGGAGGUGGGCGCUUCCCAAAGGCCGCCCUUAAACCCUCGCAAGAAAGCUCUCCAAAACCCCCAUUAAACCCUCGGAAGAAGCCACGACCCCGCCUCACGAUGGCUCGCUUCCUACUCUCCUCAGCACGAUGUCGCCUUCCCCUCCUCCUCAAAAGUCCACCCUACUCCUAUCUCACUCCUCUUCUCGCCCGUGCCUUCAUCGCCGAGCCGCGCCCCUUCGCCUUCGACGAGAACCUCCUCCGAAUCCUCCGCUCGGAGAUCGCCUACCUCGCCGAUUACCGCCCCCCUCACCCGGCCCCGGCGACUUUUAAGUCCUUCUCGGUCGAGGACCGCCCCGGGGAGCAGUGGAUCCGGCUGAGGAGCACUCACUCCGGUGGGCCACAGGAGGACAUCAAGGUCGACGCCACCAUGUUCGACGGCGCGGCUCCGAUCCCGACGUCCUCCAUCUCCAAGAAGGUGGAGGCCUUGGAGCAAGGCCCCCACCUCCACAUCAGCCUCGUUGUCGAGGUGUCGAGGGGCGACGAUCGUGGCUCCGUCCUCGAGUUCAUCUGCUCCGCCUGGCCUGAUUCCCUCCACGUCCAGAAGGUCUUCCCCCUUCGCCAGAGGGGCGCCGUCCUCCGGCCUUACAUGGGCCGCGACUUCAAGGAGUUGGAUAAGGGAAUGCAGAGCGCUGUGCAGGAGUACCUUGAAGAGAGGGAGGUCGAUGAUGAGCUUGCUGAGUUUUUGCAUGAGUACAUGAUGAACAAGGACAAGGCAGAGCUGCUUCGCUGGUUGAGGAUUGUAGAGGCUUAUGUCCAGAAGUAGAUACGGUUGCAACUAUUUAUGGAAUGCACCUCUCUUUCUCAUUUAUGGACACCAUAAAUUCAUUGGCGAUUUUGCAUCCAUUUCUAGUUGUACUUCAAUCUCAUAUGCGAUGGCAUAAUAAUACAAGAUCUGUUAGACAUGGUCACGAACUUUUACAAAGUCAUAGAAGCAGCCAAAGUGGGAAAAGAGUUAGAGAGUAAGUAGUAGCAUCUGGAUGAAUAUUUCAUGCAAGUGUUUUCUGAAUGAUUUCUUUACUAUUAUUUUGUAUGCCUAGUAUGAAAAGGGCAUGAUGUGUAAUUCAAAAAUUGAAGAAGAUUUGAUGAUUAUAUUUAUUUAUUUAUUAUUA